AUGGAAUGGGCCUGCCCGGAAAAUUCAGCCUUAGCCCCCAGCCCUAAACCUACACGAGAGAACUGGGAGGCGGCCCUGCUUGGCUGCUCAGACCUUCAAGCCCAAAGGGCCUUGAUCCAGAGAAUCAAGACGGUGACUUCGACCAAUAGGGUCCCGGGCCAGGGCCACCACCUAUGGGCUGCCACCAACCUUGUAUUUGAUUUCUCGUAUCUAUUCUCUCCGGGAUCAAGGCAAGACGUCCGGACCAAGGACCUGGUGUGCGUGGUGGCGACCAUCGUGUCGCUCGCGCUGGUGCUCGUUUGGGUCCACGCGUUGAUACAGGGGAGCAGACCCGAGAUAAGCAAUGUUGUGGUGGACGGACAGUUCGGAAGCCUGCACGGAAGCGUCACCAUCAUGGCUGGCAUGCUGGUCAGCUCGUUCCUGGGUGUGCCGUACGCCGAGCGAAACACGUUGCGCUUCGCCGCGCCCGUACCUUGGCACGAGAAGUUGAAUCAGUUCGACGCCACGUCGCCCGCACCUGCAUGCGCCCAGUCUAACAUCAAGCAAGAUGAGAUGAAUAUAAGCACAUCGGAAGAUUGUCUUCACCUUAAUAUCUGGACACCGUCAUGUGAUGGACGUAUCUGCCCGGGCAACCUGACCAUCGUCUUCUUCAUACACGGUGGAUUCUUUCAGACGGGCAGCAACAACGACCCGUACCUCGACGGCCGGAUUCUGGCCGCAGUUGGUGAAGUGAUGGUCGUGGUCCCAAACUGGCGUCUGGGCCGGCUGGGCUUCGUCAGUAUGGGGACUGCCGAUUCGCCACUGAACGUGGGCUUCCUCGACCAGGCCGAGGCGUUCGAGUGGGUGAGGCGCAAUGCAGAGCCUUUCGGUGGCAAUGCCUCGGAUAUCGUGGUCGUUGCACACGCCUCGGGUGCGUCGGCACUGGGCUACCACAUGUUCGCGGGCGAAGGGAUGGUGCCGGGCGCUCGAAAGUUGGUCUUCAUGAGUGAGAGCCCAUUUACCAGAUACCCCGUCUACGGGCUCAACCGCGCACCGGAUCAGAUGAGGGCAAUCUUGGCCCGACUUCUGUGCGACGAGGAGGCGGAGAUUAAGGGCGCCUGGCUGCAGUGUUGGCGCAAGCUGCCCGUGGAAUUGUUGUUCAAGACACCUCCCGGAGCCUUGCGCGCACUCCCCACAUUCUUCCCCAACCUGCCCAUUAUGUGGAACCCCGUCAUGUGGAAGAAGCUCAAGGUGUCGGGAAUGAGUGUACUUAUGGGCUUCUCCGACAACGAGGCGCCAGCGCUCAUGGAGAAUUUCGCCGACUAUCUGAACGUCCAUCUGCAGGAAACUAAGACAUCGGCUAUUUCUCUUCUCUCGUGGCUUGGUUUUCCGCUGAAGGACGCUACUGAAGUAACGAAAAAUUACGCCGAGGGCGCUGGACAAAGGAAGUGGGCCCAGGAACUAUUGAGCGACAUUGCCGUCGUCUGCCCGGUGCGGCUGUUCGCAGAACAGCUGCACGCCCUCGGUAAUCGCGUACACACUUACGUGUUCCAUCGCAGCGACCCGACGAGUGAUGCAGGCGUCGGAAGAGAGGACCUCAUCCGAUUCCUGUUUGGCGCCGCUAUAAGACGUGGCUUCCCGACCGAAGAGCAAGCGUUGAGCCGACACGUUAUGACGCGUAUGGCGCAGUUCUUUAAAACGGGUGAAAUCCACGCGGAGAAUGACACGGUGGCUGAUGGGAAGUAUUCCAUAAGUUUUACUUCUAGCUCCAACCAACUUCCACGCUGGGUACCGGACUUUCGCCAGGAGGCAUGCGAGAACCUGCGGAAGUACUUCCCCGUCAUAGUCAAAUUGCCCGAUUCGGACCAACGUUGA